AUGCCUCGCCAGAAGACAAAGCAUACACAAAUUUUGAGUGAGAGAGUCCGAAACUCUACUUUCAAAAGAAGGCUUGAUAGCUUGUUCAAGAAAGCACAUGAGCUAUUAGUGUUGUGUGGCGUAGAGAUAGUUAUCAUCGUUAAUGGUCCGAAAGAGUCACACUCAACCCUGUGGCCCUCUCAUGAUCAGGUUAUGAAUGGAGUCAUGAAGUUCAUGGCUCGUUCCAAAGAGCCUGGACCCAAGAAAGUGGUUCUGCAUGAUAAAUUCUUGAGUGAUAAAUUGAAAAGCAUGACCGAUAGGUUGCUGAAACUUCAAAAGAAGAAUGACGAAACAGAAAUGGGGUUCCUCAUGACUCGACUCUUUGAAGGUGGAAUCUUCAAUGAGCUUGAUGUGAGGCAGCUAAAUGGUUUGGAUCAGUUUGUGGAAGAAAAGCUUAAGAAGCUCGAAAACAGGUACAACGAACUUGCAGGGGCACUGGCCCAGCAUAUCCAGAUGACGACAGAAAAUAGAAGUGGCGAUAUUGCAGCUACUUCGAUCACAGAAGAAGGCAUAUGGUUUGGCCCUGGCAUCCAGAACACUUUUGGCAUGUCAAGAGGAAUCAACUUAGAAUCAACUGCAGUUACAAGAUCCUUCGUGGACUGGAAUGAGAUUGGAAGAGUGUGGCCCACCACUUUCUAUCCUUGA